AUGCAUCUCAAACACAUCUUCAGCAUCACUAUCCUUCUACUACCCCAAGUCAUUGCUCACGAGGGAAUAUGCUGGGGAGUCAACGGCAAACAAUGGACUGACAAUAUGAAGUGCCCUGGCUCUUCCGCCUGCUGUGGCCCAGACGCGACAUGUAUGCCGAAUCGUCUCUGCCAGAGAAAAGGGCAAGCAAAGAACCAGUUCAUCAGAGGGCCUUGUGCUGUUGCACCCUAUGACAGGAAGAAGUGUGCAAUUAUUUGCAUCAGGGAAGAGACAAAUGACCGUUUCCCACGAGUUGAGCAGUGUGAUGAUGGGAGCUACUGCUGUGACUACGACUCAGGAUGCUGUGCUGGAGGCCGUGGUGUAUUCCUUGCCGAGGAUGGCAGCAUUGAAGACAACUCGACCUCCACGACUUCUGAAAUCUCGUCAGCAUUCUCAACAUCCACAAUACUCUCAACAUUCUCAACAUUCUCAACCGAAUUCUCGACUACAAGCUCCGAACCAACGACAUCUUCAACAGAGGAAGCGGACACGGAAACUGAUAGUGGCGGUACCAGCCAAGGAGUCACGAUCGGACUCGGCGUUGGCAUACCAAUCGCUGCCAUCAUUGCCGCCGUGUCCACCUGGCUCUUCCUUCGCAGACGGUCCAAAAAGCAAAACCCACCUCCUUCGUACCCUGUGACGAGUAAGAUGUAUGAGCAGUCUGAUAACAAGACUUGGAUUCCGCAAGAACUUGAUGGUCACGAUGCGAUGGGUGAAAUGAACCAUGGGCGGAGUGCAAAGAUUCCUGGAACGCCGCAAGAGCUUCAAGGUUGA